CAACUUCGACGACGAGAAGAUGGCGAAAUUUGUCCCCCGGCAGAGGAAACACAAAGCCAUCGCGCGCCAGAAAGCACAAGGGACCAGCCAUGCGCCCGAACCCACCGAAGCAGACUCGAAUGCGACGCUCAUCAUCCCCGCAGAGAAGCUCGAGAGGGAGGAGAAGCGGAGAAAGCUGCGGGAUGAGUUGAAGGGGGCACAAGAGGGGAAGAUGUCUGGGAAGAAGGCGAAGAGGUUGGAGAAAUAUAUCGACACGAAAUUGAAGAAAGAAGAGAAUCUUGUCCUACUCAAGAAACUUGCGGAGCAGAAAGUCGAUACCUCGCUCUACCAGAGCUCGAAGAAGUUGGGACGGACGACUGAGAGCGCGAGGGAAAAGCUUAGUAGAGCGUUGAGGGAGCGGCAGGCUGGGAUUGAUGUGGAGAAGAAUGAGGCUGUUAUUCUGGAGAAGAGGAAGACUAGAGCUCCUGAGGACAGCGGAAGCGACAGCGAAGAGGACGACGAGGACCAGAUGGAAGACGCAGAACAACCCCAGGCAAUUACUACGAAAGAGAUUAGGGAAGAGAGCCAAGAACGCCCGGUCGAAAAGCCAGUGGCUAGCUUUGGGAGUGGCUUGAAAAGACCUCUGGAAGUCGACGAGGAGGGCAAGCCGAUCAUUAAGAAGCGGAAACGGACAAAACCGAAGAGUGCCAUUAUGCCGGUCGUCGAAGAGCCAGAAUGGGAAGGAUUCAGCUCUGGAGAGGAGGAUAUGGCCACAGAUUCCGAAGAUGAGCGGGUACCAGAGGAUGAUCACUCCGAAACCCAGGAUGAGUCGGAAGAAGAAUCUGGACUCAGCGAUUCUAGCUCAUCAUCCGAAGACGAAGAUGAGGAAAUGUCGUCUAGCGAAAAUGAAGAGACGAAGGCAUCUAGGAGAGAGCGUACAUCAGCAUUCAAGGCGUGGGCAACCCAGCAGAGACAUGAAGCAAUCGGCUUCACUCCUUCGUCCAUUGUAACAGAAACUUCUACAAGACCUAUCAGCUUCACGCCCAGAGACCCUGAAAUGGACCCACUCCCUCCUGAGCUAGAGAGUAAUACGGCUACCGAUGCUACUAGGAAAGCAUUCAGCGUGCAUGUUGAGCGGCCACCAGAGAUUCAGGAGUCUCGUUUAGCUCUACCCAUAGUGGCUGAGGAGCAGAAAAUUAUGGAGGCAAUUCAUAACAAUGAUGUCGUAGUGGUCUGGGGUGCGACUGGAAGCGGUAAAACCACCCAAGUACCCCAAUUUCUGUUCGAAUCGGGAUACGGAGCUCCAGAUGGUCCAACCCCUGGCUUGAUUGGAGUCACACAACCCAGAAGAGUGGCAGCGGUGAGCAUGGCCAAACGAGUUGGCGACGAGCUUGGAGAGGCUGGAUCAAAGGUUUCAUAUCAGAUUCGAUUCGACUCCUCGGCAUCCUCUAAGACCGCUAUCAAGUUCAUGACAGAUGGUGUUCUUCUACGUGAAAUAUCGCAAGACUUCGUCCUCACCAAGUACUCAGCUAUCGUUAUUGAUGAGGCACACGAGAGGAGCGUCAAUACAGACAUCCUGAUUGGCAUGCUAAGUAGGAUCGUCGACCUUCGGGCGAACAUGGCAAGAGAUAAUCCGAGCAAUAAGCCCUUAAAAUUAAUCAUUAUGUCAGCAACACUAAGGAUCUCAGACUUCACAGAAAACCGACGGCUUUUCCGGCAUGGGCCUCCGCCAUUAUUGAAAGCUGAAGGCCGACAAUACUCUGUCACCAACCAUUUUGCAAGGAGAACGCAGAGAGAUUAUGUCGAAGAGGCUUUCGAAAAAGUCAGUAGAGGUCAUAAGAAGCUUCCUCGUGGAGGUAUGCUUGUGUUUCUCACCGGGCAGAACGAGAUCACGCAAUUGGCAAAGAGGCUCAAGCAGGCUUAUCCUUCAACUCAAGGGCAGGAAGCAAAAUCUGCGCCGAUACGAAUAUCAGCUGCCGAUGCCCCUCUAGAAACCGAAGAUGUAGACCUCGGCGGCAAAGCCGAUGAUUAUCGGGACGAGGACGGAUCAGAUGAUGAAUCAAUUGUCGAUGGCUUCGACGACGAGGACGAGCAAGAAUUCAACAUCGGAGAAGAGUCUGCCGAGAGUACAAUCAUGAAAGUACAUGUACUCCCAUUGUACUCCCAACUACCUACAAACCAGCAGCUGCGAGUCUUUGAACCACCGCCAGAUGGGUCGCGGCUCAUAGUUCUUGCGACCAACGUUGCUGAAACGAGUUUGACUAUUCCAGGCAUCCGAUAUGUAUUCGAUUGCGGAAGAUCAAAGGAAAAAAAGUACGACCUGCUUACAGGAGUCCAGAAUUUUGAAGUCGGAUGGAUCAGCAAGGCUAGUGCUAAUCAACGUGCUGGUCGUGCUGGUCGAACUGGCCCAGGACAUUGUUACCGACUAUACUCGUCGGCUGUGUUUGAAAGAGACUUUGAAGAGUAUGCUUCUCCAGAGAUCAUGCGCACACCACUCGAAGGGGUCGUUCUACAACUCAAGAGCAUGGGAGCACCAGUGUCCACCUUUCCAUUUCCAACACCUCCAGAUCGUGACAGCCUACGCCAAGCUGAGAAACUGCUCUCGUAUUUGGGAGCUUUAUCUGCGGAUGGCAAAGUCACCAAAUUGGGACAUGAGCUAUCACUGUAUCCUCUCAACCCCCGCUUUGCGCGAAUGCUAGUCAUGGGCAUGACGCAUAAGCUCACAGCCGAGACUAUUGCCCUAGUCUCAGCUCUCUCCGUUCCAGAAUUGAUCAUUCCCGAGAAUAAGCUUGGUCUCAGGGAACCAGUCCAAGACCUUGAUGCAAUCCGAACUCAGCAGGACAACAUCGAAGCUGCGGAGCGAUCAGCGCUUCGCAAGUCAUACAACGCGGCACUCUCACAGUUCUCGAAGAACGCGAAACAGAGCGACUGUAUGAAGCUCAACAACGCGGUUUGCGCCUAUGCAUAUGAGUCUAACACGGAUGCUUUUUGCGACAAGAUGUUCUUGAAUGCAAAAGCAAUGAACGAAGCGAGCCAGUUACGCUCCCAGCUAUCAGCGAUUGUGCGCACACAUCGCCCAGCGUCAAUUGGAGAUUACAAGUCCAGACUACCACUUCCAAGUACAGAGCAGCUAGAACUUCUCAAGCAGAUAUGUGCUGCUGGUUUCAUCGAUCAAGUUGCUAUGCGUGCAGACCUGGCACCAGUCCCACCAGAAUUGUCACGGAAGCCCAGGACGGCAAUUGAGGUUCCUUACGUUACGCUUUUCCCUUCCCACGUCGGUCGACCGACCACUGACGACCCCGCGGAGCAAUUCGUUUAUCUUCAUCCUUCUUCAUUGCUCGCUCGCGUUUCUAUACCCAAGCUGCCUGGCUUCAUGAUCUACUCCCAUCUGCAGCGCGCCGCACCUUCUACCAUCAACGGAACGAAGGUUCCAAGAACACGAAUGCAUCCUCUGACACCUAUUACGAGACCCCAGCUCGUGAAUCUUGCUUUGGGCACACCGCUGCUGGGAGUAUCGAAACCGAAAGGCAGGAUUGUUGAAGCACAUAGAGCAAAGGGCGGACAAGAGCGGAGAGAGUGUGAGGUGGAAGUCAGCCUAGUUGGCGAAAAAGGGGGCAUGGGUUGGAGUUUGGGUGUGCGGAGAGUGAUUCAAAGAAAAGAAGGCGUGCAAGGCUGGGUCAUUGAGAAGAUCUUAGGAUAAUGAGCGUGAGAUAGUGAUACCCUAUUGAAAUUUGGCGCGAAGCCGAUGUCGCAAGAAAUCGUAUACGCUAUGCAAUCUACGCUACUCUCGAAACUCUUCUCCGUCCAGUCUUUUUCA